AAAUGCGAUCGAUCAUGGCACGGUUCGUCACCCAUUCAAACGAUCUACAUCACCGGUGUCCUUCAUAGUCUGUUCAAAGGGCGAACAUAUACUCGUUAUGACGGAUCAUCUUUCUGCAGGUCCACCCAGGACAAUUGAGGCAGCAGCAGCUUCAGGACCGACAUGGCUACACAAUCAUGGGAUGGUCAAGCUCAACUUGAUGCUCAUAAUCUUCCAAAUAUCAAGUUAUGCGACUGGUUACGAUGGGUCGAUGAUGAAUGGAUUGCAGUCCCUGGACUCAUGGCAAAGUUCCUUCAAUAAUCCCGACAGUUCUGAGCUUGGCCUUCUAAAUGCCAUCCAGAGUAUUGGUCAACUCGUCGCACUUCCCUUUUGUGCUGUGUUCUGCGAUAAAUUUGGACGUCGACCCGCUCUAGUCGCUGGGGCUUUCAUCCUUGUUCUCGGAACGGCCCUCCAAGCUGCAGCCCAGAGUGUUGGGAUGUUCAUUGCUGCACGCGGUAUCAUGGGUAUGGGUCUCGCUCUCAACACUACCGCAGCGCCGCUGCUUCUUCUAGAGCUGGCGUACCCUAAGCAACAGGGUGCUGUGGUAGGCAUCUACAACAGUUUGUGGAAUCUGGGCGCCUUAUCCGCAGCCUGGAUUACGUACGGUAGUUUCCGCAUACAGAGCACUUGGGCAUGGAGGCUUCCAUCUCUUCUACAAGGGCUUUCUAGCGUUGUUCAAAUCUGUCUUUGUUUCCUUGGGGAGGAAUCGCCGAGAUGGCUGAUAUCCAAAGAGCGGGAUCCAGAGGCUCGACGCAUCAUCGCCAAAUAUCACGCCAAUGGCGAUGACACUAACCCUAUUGUCAACCUGGAAAUGGCAGAGAUCCGAGCCGCACUACAGCUUGAAGUAGAGGCAACUCAGUCGACAUCGUAUAUAACUUUCUUCCAGACCAGGGGUAACAUUCGACGUUUCUUUAUCAUCCUCUCUGUUGGCUUCUUUUCGCAAUGGAGCGGCAACGGUCUGAUAUCAUACUAUUUGAGCCUGAUCCUCGAUUCAAUUGGCUACAAAAGCCAGAAAACCCAGACCCUCAUCAACGCGCUCCUGACGCUGUGGAGUAUGGUCUGGAGUCUGGCCUUUUCGACCGUGGUCAAUCGAUUCGGGAGGAGGACACUAUUUCUCACGUCUACUCUUGGUUGUUUGCUAGUCUACAUCAUUUGGACUGCACUCCAGGCCACGUAUGACAAACAGGUAGCCAAGACCGGCACUGGGACUGCAGGUUACGGGAAAGGUGUUUUGGCCAUGAUUUUCCUCUACAACUUUUUCUUCUCUGUGGGAUGGACCCCUCUUCAGGUCACUUACUGCAUUGAGAUCCUACCUUUCAAUCUGCGUGCACGUGGGUUGGUACUGUACAACUUCUUUGUUGCUCUGGCGCUCAUCUUCAACCAAUACGCAAACCCAAUCGGACUCGAUAAAAGCGGAUGGAAGUAUUACAUUACCUAUGAUGUCUGGUUAGCAUUCGAACUCUUGGUAGUGUACUUCCUGUUUGUCGAGACUAGCAAUCUGAGCCUCGAGGAAACUGCAGCUGUCAUAGAUGGGAAGGAAUACGAGCUCAAGCUAGUGGAAGCAUCAGCC